AUGGCGAACAACGCAAAGGAACUCGAACGAUUACGGAACUUAGUCAAAGAGCUUGAAGAACGAGAAGUCAAACUCGAAGGCGAACUUCUCGAAUACUACGGAUUAAAGGAACAGGAAUCCGAUAUCGUUGAAUUACAAAGACAAUUAAAAAUCAAAACAGUCGAGAUCGAUAUGUUGAACAUUACAAUCAAUUCGUUACAAACCGAGAGAAAAAAGCUUCAAGAAGAAGUCGUUAAUGGAGCUAAUUAUAAAAAGGAAUUAGAUGCAGCCAGGAAUAAAAUCAAGGAGCUUCAAAGGCAGUUUCAACUCGAGGCGAAUCAAACGAAAGGGCAAUUGUUGUUAUUGAAACAACAAGUUGGAAUUCUUCAAACGAAAGAACAAGAUGCAUUCAAGAAGGAUACUGAUAUUGAGAGAAAGUUUGAAAAGCUUGAAGGAAUUAGAACUGAAUCCAGAGUUGCAGUGCUUUCAAGCACAACCGAGACAGAAAUGGUGGCGAGGGUGAAAGAGGAAGUGAACAAAUUAGCACACACAAAUGAAGAUCUGUUGAAACAAGUCGAAGGACUCCAAAUGAACAGAUUCAGCGAAGUUGAAGAACUCGUGUACCUCCGAUGGGUUAACGCAUGUCUGCGAUUCGAGCUUCGAAACUACGAAACACCUUCAGGAAAAACAUCAGCUCGCGAUCUCAACAAAAAUUUAAGCCCUAGAUCUCAAGAAAAAGCCAAACAGUUAAUGUUAGAGUACGCAGGAUCAGAACGCGGGCAAGGAGGCGACACAGAUCUCGAAAGCAACUUCUCUCAACCAUCAUCUCCAGGAUCCGAAGAUUUCGAUACGGCUUCCAUUGAUAGUUCCAUGAGUCGAUACAGUAGUUUCAGUAAAAAGCCAAGCUUGAUUCAAAAACUUAAAAAAUGGGGGAAAUCGAAAGAUGAUUCGAAUUAUUCUAGCGCUCUCACUUCACCUGCAAGGUCGUUUACCGGUGGAUCUCCUAGGGUUAGCGUUAGUCAGAAACCGAGAGGUCCGUUAGAAGCUUUGAUGUUACGAAACGCAGGUGAAUCAGUCGCGAUUACUACUUUCGGUGUAGCUGAUCAGGAUUCCGCUAAUUCUCCAGAAACCCCCAAUAAUGUUGCAUCAUCGUUUCAAUUGAUGUCGAAAUCGGUUGAAGGCGUUUUGGAUGAGAAGUAUCCGGCGUAUAAAGAUCGACAUAAGCUUGCAUUAGAACGCGAGAAGAAAAUCAAGGAAAAAGCCGAUCAAGCGAGAGCUGCUAGGUUUGGUGAUAGUACUACGAGUUUCAAGCCACCGAGUUACAGUACUAAAUCAGUGAGUUUGCCGCCAAAACUUGCUCAAGUGAAAGAGAGAGCAGUGAUUUCUCCUUCUGCUGAUGUCACUUCCGGUGAUCAGUCAACCAUGGGAAAGUCAACGAGCAUGCCACCUGUCAGUAAGAUUCCAUUUGCCGAUAUUGAAAAGAGACCGCCUAGAACUCCACGUCCUCCUCCGAGACGCACCGGAGCCGCUCCUGCCACCACCGCUAAUCCAGUAUCUGCAGGUGGAGGUCCUCCGCCUCCACCUCCUCCACCAGGUGCUCCACCACCACCGCCACCACCUGGCGGCCCACCCCGCCCACCUCCUCCACCGGGAACCCUAGCUAGAGGAGCCGGUGGCGGUGAUAAAGUUCAUAGAGCUCCAGAGUUGGUUGAAUUUUACCAAAGUUUGAUGAAACGUGAAGCUAAAAAAGAUACGUCAAUCAUAUCUUCAUCUGCAUCAAACACAGCGGAUGCAAGAAGUAACAUGAUCGGAGAGAUUGAAAACCGGUCAACUUUCCUGUUAGCUGUAAAAGCUGACGUGGAAACUCAAGGUGAUUUUGUCGAGUCACUUGCAUCUGAAGUCCGAGCUGCUUCUUUUACACAUGUAGAAGAUUUGGUGACUUUCGUGAACUGGCUUGAUGAAGAACUCUCAUUUUUGGUUGAUGAACGGGCAGUCUUGAAGCAUUUUGAUUGGCCAGAAGGAAAAGCAGACGCAUUUAGAGAAGCAGCCUUUGAAUAUCAAGAUCUAAUGAAACUCGAAAAACAAGUCUCUAAUUUUGUCGAUGAUCCAAGUGUCCCAUGUGAACCCGCUUUGAAGAAAAUGUACAAGUUGCUAGAAAAAGUGGAGAACAGUGUUUAUGCAUUACUAAGGACAAGAGACAUGGCUAUGUCGAGAUAUAAAGAAUUCGGGAUUCCAAUCAAUUGGUUACAAGAUUCCGGAGUUGUAGGCAAGAUCAAGCUUUCGUCUGUGCAAUUGGCUAGAAAAUACAUGAAGCGGGUUGCAUCUGAACUUGAUGCGUUGGAUGGACCCGAGAAAGAACCAAACAGAGAGUUUUUGGUGCUUCAGGGUGUGCGAUUUGCUUUUCGUGUUCAUCAGUUUGCAGGAGGGUUUGAUUCAGAGAGUAUGAAGGCAUUUGAAGAACUAAGAAGCCGAAUGAACAAACAAACAACAGAAGAAAAUACGCCUGAAGCUUGAGUGUUACAUGAUUUUUUAUUCCUUUUUCUUUUUCCAUGUUUAUAUAUUUUGUAUUUUAGUUUGUUUAUGUUACUGCCUCCAUGCAGAUAAAUAUACCUUAUAUUGAAUUAUAUUAUACAACCAAUAGGUCAAAUUCAAAUGACAAGAU